CGGGCUUUCUCCGUCCGCGAUGCCUUCACUCCGGACUUUGAAGCAAGAGCAAUCACACUCUGAGACAUACAAGGCAGUACUGAGCUCGCUGGGUUCAUACAUCUAUCGUUGUUGCACUGAGUCCCCAUGAGCAUCUCAUCCUUUUCUGCAGCCUUCGAAUUUACCCCGCAAUGUCUGCACUGGAAUCGAACAUCAGGAGGGCGCUCGAUGUGUUAUUGCCAAAAAUCAAAGAGCAACACGAAAAAUCAUUAAAACCUAUCAUACUUGGUAUCACGGGGCUUCAAGGGUCCGGAAAGUCAACAUGGGCUUCAAAGAUUGUGGAGAUCCUCACAACUGAGCAUCAGCUCAACACCAUUACUGUGUCACUGGACGACUUCUACAAGACACAUGACAGCCUUGUGUCACAAAGAGAUCAAGACCCGAAAAAUGGCCUGUAUCGUGUGCGAGGCCAGCCAGGCACACACGACGAGCAACUGGCUGCGGAGUUCUUCAAACAUUUAGAAGCGUAUAGCGGGAAGGGCGAGCUGAAGAUACCAAGUUUCGACAAGAGUAAAUUUCGUGGUGAGGGCGAUCGAGCACCUGAAACAGAGUGGCACUCAGUUUUACGGAAGCCUGAUGUCGUAGUCUUCGAAGGCUGGUGCGUUGGCUUCCAGCCUCUUCUAGUUCCUGCGAUCGAGGAGAAGUAUUCACAAGCGCUCGCCGGAAGACUGCCCAUCAACACACCCGCACAACAUGAAUUGUCACACUUACUGGAAGUCAACGAUAACCUGAGAAGAUACUGCGAUGCGUUCAUGGGUCCUCAGCAUUUCGACUUCUUCGUCCACAUAGACACCAGCGAUCUGCACAAUGUGUACAUCUGGCGCCUGGAGCAAGAACACAAGAUGAUUGCUACAAAAGGCUCGGGGAUGUCAGAUGAUCAGGUUAAUGCCUUCAUCGACGGUUAUAUGCCGAGCUACGAGAUAUACUUGGACACGCUGAGGCAGGGGCUCUUCAGUGAUGGAGGCAGAAUGGUCAGGGUCAUUCUUGACAGGCAAAGAAGCGUGGAAAGGGUGGAGGAGCUAUGAGGCCGAUGAAUGAUUUAGAAGGGGUGAAAAAUAACCAUACGGCUGUAGCAAGUCGCUGAUCUAGCAGUGUUUAGGAACCACAAGAGGCAAAGUCUUAGACAUUGCUCGAGAAAGAUGGUUCAAAUAACAAUUUCUUACUCGCGCGCCCGACUUCCACGCUCUAAGUGAAUGCAGGCAUCCGCGGAACAAACGACGCCUUGUCUUUCACUACGCAGUAUUUUCUAUUUCUAAAAUCCUAAAAACAUCUUAAGACGAU